AUGGAGCGGCUGAAAUCGGCGGUGCCGGCCGAUAUCCGGCGAGCCGUCGGCGAGGGCACGACCCGCGACCUCCCUUCCACCACUUCUCUCCUUCUCGCCUUCCUCGAUGACCUCCCUCUAUUCCACCAGGUCAUCGGCGAGCUGACAGACCCGGAGCUCGCGCUGUGCCGCAAGGACAAGGGGAGGGCGGCGGAGCUGAAGGGCCGGGGCAAUGCCUGCUUCUCCAGGAGGGAGUUCGAGCAAGCCCUUGGGUUCUAUUCACAGGCGCUGCGUUACGCCCCGAUUAGUUCUGAUGGCACUGAUGAUAUCUUGGUACCUGCAUUAUAUGUCAACCGUGCCUCCACUAUGCAUAAAUUGGGCCUCCUGGAAGAGUGUCUGCGGGAUUGCGACAGGGCCAUCUCUGUUUCACCUAAUUAUGCGAAGGCAUGGUACAGGAGGGGAAUGGUAAAUGCAUCUUUGAAGAAUUAUUCAUCUGCCAUGCAUGAUCUAGAGGUUGCAUUGAGCAUGGAAGUGACUUCUUCUGGGAAGAGCAACAUAGAACAAGAGUUGAAGUUGAUAUUGUUAAAGCCUCAAUGUGUGAACGAAGUUGGAAGAUCAAGCGGUGAUUGCAAGGAUGCAGGAUUGGCACAUACAGCAGAACCACAUAAGGUUGUCCUUGAGUGUAUUGCAACGCCCAACAAAGGUAGAGGAAUGACAUCUCCAAAUGAUAUUCCUCCGACCUCCUUGAUUCAUGUUGAGGAUCCUCUUGCUGCGAUUAUCCUGAAAUCUUGCCGGGAGACUCACUGCCAUUAUUGCUUUAGUGAAGCACCUGCAGAUGUUGUGUUCUGCCCCUUGUGUACAAUACCAGUUUAUUGUUCAAGAAAGUGCCAAGAGCAAGCUGUAGGCGGAAUCUCUUGGAAUCAAGAUACUUAUCUUAAAUCUAACAGUAAUGCAGUUGAUCUUGGAAUACUGAGCCUAACUUCUACAGGGUGCAUGGCUCCGAACUCUAAACAGAUUGCUGAACAUAGGCACGAAUGUGGAGGUGCCCAUUGGGCAGCUGUUUUGCCAGCUGAUAUAGUUUUAGCUGGGCGACUAAUGGCACAAUACAUAGACAGCAGAAUGCUGACUGGAAAGAGCUCUGCCAUCUCCGGUCCAAAUUUGGAUCUCAUUCAGCACUAUGACGUAGAUUCUCCUACUAGCAAGUUGGAAUCACAUAUAUAUGCGAUUGUCUUGUUAUUAUGCCUCCAAAAGCAUUAUAGAUCAGAUCUUUCGUGGAAAGAGGAAACUUUAUCCCAGCUGGUUCUUUUGAUAUGUCAAGUUAAAGUCAAUUCGAUUGCUAUUGUUUGUAUGAAAUCCAUGGAUGGAGGCCAGGGACUGACAGAGAGUAAAGGGUAUUCUGCAGCUGAUGAUGCAGUUAUGUGUAGUGUGGAGCAGGUCAAGGUUGCUCAAGCUAUCUACAUGUCUGGUAGCCUCUUUAAUCACUCGUGCCGGCCAAAUGUACAUGCAUAUUUUCAUUCGCGCACUCUCUUUCUAAGAUCUACCACAUAUAUAAAUUCAGGGAGCCCAGUCGAGCUAUCAUAUGGUCCACAGGCUGGUGAGAUGAAUCUUGUGAAAAGACAAAAGUCACUUCAGGAGAAUUACAAAUUUACUUGCCAGUGUUCAAGUUGUUCAGAGCUACAUCUAUCGGAUCUUGUCAUUGAUUCAUUUUGUUGUCCACAAAGUAGCUGUCUUGGUGCCGUAUCAGAAUCAACUUGCUACAAAUCCGAAGAGAAUUGUGUGCAUGUUUCCGUAGAUGAAUCUGAUAUCUGCAAACUAUCAUUGCCUCAUGUUUCCAAGGUUGAUGAAGAUAUAGAGAAGGUUGGGAAAUUGUUUUUCAGAAAUAAUGUUGAUUUGAAGAUAGAUCCUGGAUAUUGCAUGAGCUGUAGAUCACAAAUUAACUUGUCUUCUGCUGUUGCUACAUCAGAGAAGGCAGCAUCAAUGAUCAAUAGGUUUAAGGAACUUGCAGUUAUAGACGAAAUCUCCGAAAUUCCCAUCACAGAUGCAUUAAGAUCCCUACAACAGAUAAAGAAGUUGAGGCACCCAUAUAGCAAGGCUCUUGCCCAGGCAGAAGAUGCGAUUGCAGAAGCCUUUGCAAAGAUAGGAGAUCAAGAACAAGCAAGAAAGCACUGCGAAGCAUCAAUUAAGAUCCUUGAGAAGCUGUACCACCCCAAACACAUAGCCAUUGCGCAUGAGUUGAUCAAGCUUGUUUCCAUCGAGCUGUCUCUGGGGGACAGGGCAAGUGCAGCAGCUACAUUCACCCAGGCAGAGGCGAUAUUUUCACUUUAUUAUGGACCUGAUGUUCAGAUGAUUUUACCUUAUGUUGAUGCCCUGAAAAGAACUGUUAGUGGAGGGUUCAUUGCAGCUCCUUGA